AUGCGAACACUCCUUGUCAUGAUUGUUUGGUUAAUUCUUUUACCAACAUCCACUGUAUGGACAUGGCGAUUUUAUUUCUGGUCUGGAGAAAAUAUCACUGGAAACUCAAUUGCACAUACACGGAAAGGCUCGAGGUAUACCACAAGAGUGUUUGUGUCCGACUGUAUUCAGGGACAAAUCAUUACAGCUGUGGUGGUCAUCGUAUUUGUAGCUGCUUAUCUCUUUCGUGAAUGGGUCAUUAAAAAUACAGCACACCCACCUUCACCACCGAUAUUAGAUCGAUUGGAACAAUUAAGAAGACGCGCCAGUGAUGAUCAUCUCGAAUACAAUAAUCCUUACUCUGCUAAUGUGGCAGGCUACUAUCAGAGAGCGGAAGACGACAACGGUGAUGAUGACAACGAUGAUGAUAGUAAUCCACCUAGCGGUACUCAGUCACCUUUUGCAAGUUGGAGAGAUUAUCAACAAGACACAACUAAGAGUCAGUUACAACAGGAAAUCACAACCGAUGAGACGAUGUCGCCUCCCACAGGGACCUGGAGGUCAAGUGAGUUUGGAGAACCCAGCACCAAUAAUGAUUAUUUUUCAGAACCACCAGAAGAGGGGCCUGUAGAUGAGUCUAUGAACGCACCAAUCAAUGUGGCAGAGGAACAACCCGAAGAGGCGCCCGCAGAUGAACACUUUGAUGUAAUGGAAAAUAUGGACAACAUUUUGGAGGCGAUCGGUAUGCGUGGAAACCUAUUCAUGCUAUUACAAAAUCCGAUAUUAAUGUCGCUGAUGAUCAACCUGUGUUUAUGUGUUACUGUUUGGAUUCCAUACAUGAUUGGCAGAUCAUUUAUUUUGAUUCGGCCAACCAGUUUAGUGGAUAAGCCGCUAUAUAUGUUACGACUAGUUCUAGAUCCAUCGAUUGAUCUUGCAUUUAACACGAUUUCGCUUGUUUACAACAACUUCGAAAAGGUAUUACCCGUGUAUGUCAAGACCAUGCAUAGCAACAUGCAGUCCGGAAUCUACUAUGUAGUAAAAUCAAUUCAUAUUAUAUUGCAUGAUAAUGGAGGUGGUAGUGUGACACAGCUUUUGUCCGAGACGACGAGUAGUAUACUUGAUCACACGAAUACGAUUCAGAACUGGAAAUUAAUUGUGAGUAAUGUCUAUUCCAUCUCUGCCAUUAUCUUUAAACGCUGGCGACAAUGUGCAACGGAACAGGGCAGUAUUGAUAGAGUGGUAUGUACAGUAGUGGGAUACAUGGUUCUUAUUUCUAUUGGUUCAUGGUAUCUUUCUAGAAACAAGAGUGGAUCUACAAAUGAGAUACUACGUCAACAGGGAGUGUUUAUCAAGGUACUGUUCUUUAUGUUUUUAGAACUGGUUGUAUUUCCAACCGUGUGUGGCGUCUUGUUGGAUAUAUCUACUUUGCCCCUAUUUACGGAAUACUCUAUUAAGAGCCGAUUUCAUUUUGUACUGCUGAACCCGUAUUCAGGAGUAUUUCUACAUUGGUUUGUUGGCACUGGUUUCAUCUUUCAUUUCUCUGUGUUUGUUGCUUUAGUACGUGAAGUUGUUCGUCCUGGUGUACUCUAUUUUAUUCGUGACCCCAAUGACCCUCAUUUUCAUCCUGUACAGGAUAUGGUGGAUCAGCCUAUACUUGUAUUACUGAACCAUUUGUUGUUAAGUGGCGCAACCUAUUUCAUGCUUAUCAUGGUUGGUAUGGGGUUUGUCACCUUGUUGGUGAGUAACUAUGGAGGUAUCUAUCCUAUUAUCUGGAAAUUCGAUAUUCCUAUAUCUUUACUGCCUAUUGAUCUCUUGGCGGUGCAAUACUUACUGAAACCAGUGAUGGGAUACGUAGAUACUCGGGAAUUUUCUAAAAAAGCGUUAAUGAGAUGGUGGCAUAUUGUAUCUGGACAAUUAAAACUUUCAUCGUUUAUGUUUGGAGGGCGGUAUCCGAAUGAAGAAGAAAUUGAAGGAGAACUUGUUCGGGUCCCCACACAUGACAAUGUACCCAUUGCGGUGCCUCGUAGAAGAAGAAUGAUUGUACCUGUCCAUCCUAUUACUUUACGCUCAUUAUUGAUAUCCGAAAGAACCCAUCCUGCUAUCUCUGAGUCCGAAGAAAGAGACACGACCAUUGUCUACAUUCCAAACUAUUUUUACACUAGAAUCUUUAUUUUUUUAUUUUUAAUUUGGACAACCGGUUCUAUCCUUGUUUGCUCCAUUUCUGUGGUACCAUGCAGAAAUUUGUUUACAAAAGUUAGCCCGGACAGACUUGUGCAUGACUUGUAUUCAUUUGCUUUGGGUGCAUACAUUAUGAUUGUGAUGAGUUCUUUGUUAAAUUCGAUUGUACAGAAAUAUCAAAUUAUCAGACAAGGCAUGACAGAUUGGAACCUCGGGCAAUAUAUUUACAGCAAGAUACAAAAGAUUGCUAAUUUCGUGCGCACAAUGAUUGUAUUUGGAAUGGUGAUACCAUUUUUAGUUGGUAUCAUGAUGGAUCUUUACGUGCUGAUGCCAUUAAGAUUAUCAGAUAUGAAAGAGCCUGUAUUUGAUAUUUAUCUAACAAUGGAUUGGGCCAUAGGAUUAUCUUGUCUAAGCUUAUUUUACAGUCUGAUAAAGAUGUUACCGAUUCAAAUUCCACUUCGUGAGACAAUGAUGCAAUGGAGAAACUUUGACGCAAGGAGGAUCAUGUCAAUUAUACUGGGACUUUGUAUGAUUAUCACCGUGCCCAGUGUAUUGACUGUGGUUGCCUUUCGUAUUUUCGGUAAAUCAAAUACAUUCUAG